CUUCCGGCUUAGUUGAGAGGCCAAAAUGAGGGGGCUAGGCUGGAUCACAGCUAUCAAUAUCGUGCUUGUGCUUUUGGCUAUAAAUAGUGUCGCUUCAGCCGAGUCGCGCUAUAAAUGGAAUACGCUGGAUUGGCUGGAGUCCUUAAACAUUACCCAUGAGCUUCACAACGUAACAACAGAAGAUGGUUAUCAGCUGGAGCUGCAACGACUUCCCCGAAAGGGAGCUCACUCCGUUCUCCUGGUCCAUGGUCUAUUGGGCUCCUCGCUGGAAUGGGUUCUCCUGGGGCCAGACCGGAGUUUGGCAUUUCAGCUCCACAAGCGGGGUUACGAUGUGUGGCUGGCUAACCUGCGAGGGACGGCGCCGUUUGGCCGGCGGCACGUGGAACUUACCGAUGUUAUGGCCGAGUUUUGGCGCUUCAGCUUCCACGAACACGGCGCCUACGAUUUGCCGGCCAUAAUUGACCACAUGGCGCAGGUCACAGGUAGGGAGAGUGAACUGGAUGGGCACCAGGACGAGCAGGGCGAGAAGGAACCGCCGCGACAAGUACUGCUAAUUGGACACUCACAGGCCUUCAAUGCGUUUCUGGUCCUCUUGUCGAUGCACCCUCGUUUCAAUCAGCGCAUCAGACUGAUCCAGGCAAUGGCACCUCUGGCUAGACUGCACCGCCAGGUGCAAUUCGAUUCCACCCAGGUGCGCCACCUCAUGAAGUUUGUCAAGAAACGCCAAAAGGUUAAUAACUUUGAGAUUUUUCCACCUGGCUACCUGCGAAAAAUAUGCCAAAGCAAAUCGGAUGUGUGCGAAUAUUAUGCCAAACAGUUCAUAGGCAGUGCCAAAAAUAACAAAAAGCUACUGGAACCAUUCAACUAUGAAUAUUUGCUGCAAGGUGGUUCAGCCCGGGAGAUAAAACACCUCCAGCAGAUAUGGAAAUCGGGGGACUUUAUUGCCUACGACUACGGACCAGUCGAAAAUAUGCAAAUAUAUCAUGGGGUAGAGGCUCUGGGUUAUAAUAUAAGCCAGAUUACUGUACCAAUAAUCUUGUAUUUCGGAGAGACAGAUGCCAUUGCAACGCCGAGUGGGGUGCACACCAUUUAUGCCAGAAUGCUGAAAUCGGUGAAAAGUGUUAGGAGAAUCGAAUCGGCCAAGUUCAAUCACCUGGACUUUCUUAUCUCGGCCGAUGUCAAAACAUUGGUUAACGACAAAUUAAUUGGGCAAAUGGAGCAGUUUCUCGAGGGCCGAUUGCCGUACGUAAUCGAAUGACCGUCAUAAAAAGGUGCUACUUAACAUCAAAGACGUUCAUAGGGGAGUUCAGCAAAAAGAAAAAAUAAAUAAAAAAAAAACCCUGCAAACGAUAAAAAAUAAUAAUUGACCAGCGAAAUGGUUUAUUUGCCUUGGUAGCCGGCCAAAUGGCAAUUAUGUAACGCGGUAGCUAAAUCAUAAAAAAUAUACAUACAAAUGUAUAAUUCAAAAAGUCAGUCGCCACAACUGGUCGACACUUUUACUUUCUUUUGACGGCAAACAAAAAAACUAUUUGUUGCCACUGGCCAUUGUGCUGGUUUGGCCAGAAAGGUAUUGGAGGUAUUGAGUAAUUUCUAUGGCCAAUUUAUUUGUUGUUGCCAGAAAGAAAGAGAAGAAGGGUUUAUUUUUAUUUUCAAAUAAAAAAUUUCAAUAAGAAUCAAUUAAAUUUUAUUUUUAGUUUGUAAAUAUUUCAAAUACAUAUGAUAUGUCAAAUAUUUAUAUUAAAACAGUACUCUUUCGCCAAGCUCUACUGUACUUGAUGCACUUGAUAAGUGCUCUCGCUUCCAAUUACUAGGCCCUACGCGUCCAAAAAAUGAUUACCUUUCCCCCCGCUCUCCCCUCGUUUCUGGCCAUAUUUAAUUAACUCGCCGAAAAUGUAAGACGCAAUCAAAAGGUAAACAAAACCAGGUAACACGUCACAGUACGCAAUAUUGUUGCCUGAUCGAAAGUUUUUUCGAAUUUCGGCAUUCUUUUUUUUUGUGUUUUUUUUUUUAGUUGCAGGGCACCUGCAGAAGUUUUUGUUGUUAGCCGGGCCGAGCCGGGUUAC